AACCUGACCCAUCUCAUCGUGGUGCCCGGCCAUGGGAUAUGGACAGGAGCCCAUACACGAGAGCUUACGGAUGAAAGUGCCUGGAUUCUUGCUCCAUAUCAGCGAGGGAAAGGCCGGCCUGCUGCUCUCCUAGAGCAUAUCUCUAAAGGUGCAGAACUCGCAUAUGAGGACGAAAGCUCGUUGCUCAUAUUUAGCGGAGGUCAGACAUCCACCCUUAGUACCACGACUGAAGCCGAGUCGUAUCAUCGCCUUGCGAUUGUCUCAUCAGCCCUCCCUCCCCCUUCCUCAUUUCACCGCGUCACUACCGAACCAUUUGCGCUGGAUUCGUACCAGAACCUUCUGUUUUCCAUUGCGCGCUUUCGCGAAUAUACCGGCGCCUACCCACGCAAAAUUACGAUUGUGGGAUAUGAGUUUAAACGGAAGCGAUUUGAGCAUCUGCAUCGCGCAGCACUGCGGUGGUCACCAGCUGUGCUGAAAUACGUUGGAAUCUCACUCGGAGGCUCUUCAGAGGAACGGGAGGCCAAUAAUGGAGAGAACUCGUUCCUUCCUUACUCUUCGGAUCUGUACGGAUGCCAUCCCCCCCUUUCAAGCAAACGCGCAUCGCGUAACCCACACGCUCGUAUUCAUGCAUAUCAUGUAUCUGCGCCAGAGUUGCGGGAUCUUUUUGAAUGGUGCCCUGCGCCCCAGACGAAUGUAUUUGAAGGGGCGCUCCCAUGG